UACGUUUCCAUGGUGAUCUGCCCGAAUUCCUCCGCGCAGUGACACUGUCCAGUGUUCGUCGGGGACCGGUUCAUGUCUUCACGCGUGACGCUACACACAGACAACACGGCCAGUGGACAGAAGCAGCUUUAAAUCAUGAUCUGAACGACGGAGCUGUCUGCAUUUAAAUGGACGCUGACAGAGGAGGAAGAGGAGGAGGCAGAGGAAGGAGAAGAAACCGUGGUGCAGAGGACAGAGACGUCCGCCUGUCUAAAUCCAUGUCAUAUGCUCUUCGCCACGGAGCCAACCAGAUGGGUCUUCUAAUGGCUACAGAUGGGUUCUUGUAUGUGGAGGAACUCCUGGCUCACUCGCAGUUUCACUUGUACUCAUUGGAAGACAUUGAGCGGGUCGUGGCCACAAAUGACAAGCAGCGCUUCAAGCUCCGUUCCCACCCAGAAGAUGGACGCCUGCAGAUUCGAGCCAAUCAGGGCCAUUCAGUGCAGGUAAGGGAUUUGGAGUUGAGACCGGUCCUGACUGGUUCUCCAGACUGCCCUGCUGAGGCCGUCCAUGGCUCCUACCUCGGCAAAUGGAACUCCAUCCAGCUGCAGGGCCUGAGCCGCAUGAAGAGGACACACAUCCACCUGGCAUCAGGACUCCCAGGGGAGGACGACGUCAUCAGUGGAAUGAGAAAAGACUGUGAUCUUGCUGUGUUUAUCGAUGUACCAAAAGCUCUCGCUGAUGGUAUUGAGUUCUUCUGGUCAGAGAAUGGUGUGUUGCUGAGUGCAGGUGACUCAGAGGGGAAAAUUCUUCCAAAAUACUUCAGCAGAGCCUUAAGACUGAGACCCACAAGAAGCAUCCUGCCACUGCAGUAGCAGCUGCGGAUACCGAUUUGUCAUUGGUCGUAGGAAGGCUGACCUGACAGUGCUAGCGUCCCGUGGUUGGUUGGUGCUUAACCUAAUUCCCUUGGUAACACUUGGCUCUUUGGCAGGAGCAGUGAACUGGUUUCGGUUAGUAAUAGCAUAGUCUAUUCAGGGUUCAUCCUUAAUGAACUAAAUUGGAAAACUUGUCAUUUUUCAGUUAUUGGGACACAAAUCGUGGGAAGCAUCUUUAUUUCGUUUUAUUUAUUUUUCUUAAUAUUUAUAACCAUUCAACCAACUUGUGCUGGCAAAUGACACUUUUAAAUAUAGAGGGUUAGUUUUCUUUUUUGUAUUGUUUGUGCUAAAAUAAACUAUGGCACACAGACUACCUGAGCAGUUGUAAAAUAUAUAACACUGGUUACAAACAGACACAGGCCUUUAAACAGAGAAACAUUUGAAGAGACAUUGCAUGUGUGUUUAGUCAUGUGUCUAUGGAAAAGCAGAGGAUGCAGAAACUGUGGUUUUAGUUAAUGGACUGCCUUCACAGUUUCUUGUAAGAUAAGGACACACUCGCAUCAUGUCAGAGGAGAAAAUUAAUUGAUUACAAACAACAGAAGUGACCAUAUGUCAUGACUCUAAGGAGGGACAACAACAAAGAAUCAAAUGUGAGUUGCUGUAUUUAAUAAAUCUUUGUUUAUUUAUUAUGUUUA